CUUUGAUUUGGGCUGGAACGACCGACACCAUGACUGACGUGAAGGCCACCAACAUCACUGCUGUCAAGCACAAUGUCACCCGCUCCAAGCGCGCUGAGAUGCUUGGUGUCGACUCCAAGUUCCGCGGCUGCACCAUCUGGUUCACCGGCCUGAGCGGCGCUGGCAAGACCACCCUGAGCUUUGCCCUCGAGGCUGAGCUGUGCUCGCGUGGCGUGCCCUGCUAUGGUCUGGACGGUGACAACAUGCGCACCGGCCUGAACAAGAACCUCGGCUUUAGCCCCGAGGAUCGCAUGGAGAACAUUCGUCGCGUCGGCGAGGUGGCCAAGCUCUUUGCUGAUGGUGGCAUCGUCGCCCUGGCCUCUUUCAUCUCCCCCUUCCGCUCAGACCGUGAUCGCUGCCGCGAGCUCCACGAGAACAGCGGUCUCAAGUUUAUCGAGUGCUACGUCGCCACUCCCCUUCAGGUCUGCGAAGCCCGUGACCCCAAGGGUCUGUACCAAAAGGCUCGUGCCGGCCUCAUCAAGGGCUUCACCGGCAUCGACGGUGUGUACGAGCCCCCGGUCAACCCGGAUAUCGUUGCCGGUGCCAACGGUGAGACUGUCAAGGAGAACGUUCGCCUCGUUCUCAACUACCUCGAGGAGAAUGGCAUCAUCCCCUCCAGCGACGUUGUGCCCGAGGAGCUCUUUGUGCCCGCCGAGGCCGUCGAGGCCAAGAAGGCUGAGGCUGAGGGUCUUCCCAAGCUUGACGUGGACAAGCUCACCAUGCAGUGGGUUCAGGUCCUGGCCGAGGGCUGGGCCGCACCGCUUCGCGGCUUUAUGCGCGAACGCGAGUUCCUGCAAACACUCCACUUCAACGCCAUCAAGCAAGCUGAUGGCUCUGUCGUGAACCAGUCGGUCCCCAUUGUGUGCCCGGCCACCACCGAGCAGAAGGACGCCAUGUUCAAUGCGCCCGCCAUCACGCUUCAGUACGAGGGCAAGGCCGUCGCCAUCAUGCGCAAGCCCGAGUUUUUCGAGGCCCGCAAGGAGGAACGCUGCUGCCGUCAGUUUGGUGUCUACGAUGCCGGCCACCCCUACAUUGCCAUGAUUGACGCCUACGGUGACUGGCUCGUCGGUGGUGAGCUCGAGGUGCUGGAGCCCAUCAAGUGGAACGAUGGUCUGGACCAGUACCGCCUCACCCCGAGCCAGCUGCGCGCCGAGUUUGCCAAGCGCAAUGCCGAUGCCGUCUACGCUUUCCAGCUCCGCAACCCCGUGCACAAUGGCCAUGCCCUGCUCAUGACCGAUACCCGUGAGCGUCUGAUCGAGAAGGGCUACCGCAACCCCGUCCUUCUCCUUCAUCCUCUUGGCGGCUGGACCAAGCCCGAUGACGUGCCUCUGGAAAUCCGCAUGAAGCAACACGAGUGCGUCCUGGCUGAGGGUGUCCUGGACCCCAAGAGCACCGUUGUGGCCAUCUUCCCCAGCCCCAUGAUGUACGCUGGCCCCACCGAGGUCCAGUGGCAUGCCAAGGCCCGCAAGAACUGCGGCGCCAAGUUUUACAUUGUUGGCCGCGAUCCUGCCGGCAUGUCCCACCCCGUCAACAAGGAUGUCAACCUGUACCACGCUGAUCACGGCCGUGAGGUCCUCCAGCUGGCGCCGGGCCUUGAGGGUCUGGAAAUCAUCCCCUUCCGCGUGGCCGCUUACAACACCAAGAAGGGCGCCAUGGACUUUUUCGACCCAAGCAAGAAGGACGAUUUCCUCUUCAUCUCCGGUAGCAAGAUGCGCAAGUUUGCCCGCGAGGGUGAGGAUCCCCCGAGCGGCUUCAUGUGCCCCAGCGGCUGGAAGGUCGUCAGCGAGUUUUACCAGAGUGGAAACCAGGCCAAGUAAACGGCCUUGGCCAGUUUCUUCGCCUCUGACUUGAUUAGGCCCGCCCGGUGUGCCCCAUGUGUGUAUGUGUGUGCGCGCGCAGGUGCUUUAUAAUCCGAGAUUGGGUGUUGAGUGUGCCUGUCCCGAGGACCCUGUGUGCUAUACACAUUUGAAUUUGGACGGGUGACAACGCCGGAUGUGCCCGCGUUCUUGCUGUUGUUUUGUGUUUUGGUUUGUCCUUCCCUGCGUUGCUGUUCGGGGCAGGGCUCUAGGCUGGUCCUUGUGCAUGCAUACGGCUGUUUUGUUGGGCUUCCCGCACCUGCGCUUGCUAUUCUUUGUGUGUAUGUGUGUGUCUGUGUGUGCUCGCUCCAAAUGAUGGAGAGCUUGUUGACAAGUGCCGAUCACGGUAUCCAACCCCAGAUUCUGAUGAAUUUAUGCCUGUAGACUUG